AUGGCGUCCGCCUACGCAGAUGCUGGCGAGCCCAACGAGUACACUCCAUACUUUGCGCCCUUCUUCGGCAUGGCCGGCAUGGCUUUCGCUAUGAUAUUUGGAUGCAGCGCCGGUGCAGCAUAUGGCACAGCAAAGUCAGGCAUAGGCAUCGCCAAUGUUGGAACAUACAGACCAGAUUUGAUCAUGAAGUCAUUAAUCCCCGUCGUCAUGUCCGGUAUCAUCGCCGUCUACGCCCUUGUCAUUGCAGUCCUCAUCUCCGCCGACAUGGCGCCGAACGAGUCCUACUCGCUAUACACUGGCUUCAUGCACUUGGCCGCUGGCCUUUCCGUGGGUCUUGCAGGCAUGUCGGCAGGCUACGCGAUCGGCAUUGUCGGAGAUAUGGGCGUGCGAAGCUACAUGCAGCAAUCACGAGUAUUUGUCGGCAUGGUCCUCAUCCUUAUCUUCGGUGAAGUGCUGGGUCUAUAUGGCCUGAUUGUGGGGCUGAUUCUGCAGUCGAAGAGUUGA